CGCCACGCGUCGAUCCUCUUUUCGAUUAGAGUUCACGGUGCGAGCUGUCGCUGCGAAAGAGAAAGAUACUGAAGAGCCAUCGAGUCAUCUACCCGCAAGAGCAGAGAGGAGCCGAUAAGAACUGUUCAGUAUAUUUGAGUACCAUCGACACUAGGAAGAAAGCUGUUCAUGGCGGCGGCGACGGCAUCUUCGGUAGCAGUGGCGCUUGGUGGAGCUCGAUUUCCGGCGCCGGGCUUUUUGGUCCCAGGAAGCCCGUCUCUCCCCUUCCUUCCUAACCCUCGCCGGUUUCUGGCCGGCCCAGUCCUUCACUUAUCUGAUGUGCAGAGGUUUUCAGCCCAUAAGUUAAGAGCCAGCUCCUCAGAAGAGACAUCCGGCUCCAUUCAAACUGAAGAGCUAAUUGCAGAUUUGAAAGAAAAGUGGGAUUCUAUUGAGAACAAAUCCACUGUUUUUGUCUAUGGUGGAGGAGCCAUUGUUGCUGUCUGGUUGUCUUCUAUUGUAAUCAGUGCUGUCAACUCUGUUCCGCUGCUGCCUAAGCUUCUGGAGUUGAUUGGGCUUGGCUACACUGGAUGGUUUGUCUACCGCUAUCUCUUGUUCAAGUCAAGCAGAAAAGAGUUAGCAGAAGACAUUGAAUCUUUGAAGAAGAAGAUUGCAGGAACAGAAUAGAUAGAGGAGCCUAACAAGCUUCAGAAACUAGUCAAACUUUCCUGUGCAAGUCAUGCUAAAGAUUGUGUAAUGUUUAAAUUGUUCUCAGUUUCUUCUGUUUGCUUGUUUUUACUUCUUUUAGACUAUUGAAUUCUUCAAAUCUGCAGAUUUUGUAGUGAAAGUAACUUGGUGUCAAACCUGUAGCUAAUCAUUUAUUUUUUGCAUUUAGCUUAUAAAUGUUGCCUACAAUGAUAGCUGUUUUCAAA